AUGAAACGAACGGCACUGAUAGUAUUCCUAACAUGCUCGUUCCCUCUGCUUGUAUGUUGUGACAUCUACCUCGAGAAACCCACGGCUUUUUGGCCAGAUAAGGAGUCCUUGAAAAACCGUGGAACGCCCCUGAUGCUCGACGGUUCCGAUUUCCCAUGUAAAAAUGCGCACAAGCUACUGAAGAUGCAUCAUUACGAAGAGACAGCCUGGCAGGUUGGUACAUAUCAAUAUGUUAUUCUUGAGGGGACAGGGAAUACCACCGAGGAUGGAGGGAGUUGCCAAUUUGCCUUAUCGCUAGACCACGGCCAUACAUUCAAAGUACUUCGGUCCAUCGUAGGCGGGUGUCCCUCUAGUCCCUUCGGUAGCCUAGGAACCGGCGAUAUUGUUUAUCUGCCACUAGAAAUCCCGUCAGGAAAGGCCUUAUUCGCCUGGACGUGGUUUAAUAGUCGAGGAACUCCAAGGAUGUACAUGAAUUGUGCACCUGUUACAAUCAACAAUCCAACGAAGAGGGGCAGUUUGGAACAGUUUAAUGAGCUUCCAAAUCUCUUCUUUGCCAAUAUCGGGAACUGCAACCUAAGAGAAGGAAGCGACGUCAUAUUUCCCGGCGCUCAAGAUGUCUCUGGAGCGGCGAGGUCUGCGGAACAGCCACCCGAGGCUUGCCUACCGAACCGUAGCAACAAGCGAGUUUCUACAGUUACUCACGCUUAUCUAAGUGGGACGCUAGCUCCGUCUCGUACGGCACAGGGCAGCUCAAGUAUACAGACUGAGCUCAAACCAAUCCGCAAAGCAACCUCUAGCCCUACGCAUACUAGUUGCGAAAGUCAAGGACUCAAGACGACAGUUCCCGUAAAAUCUUCCAUGAAACCUAUUUCGUAUACAUCCGAAAGCAAGCCGCUGUCCUCGAGCUCUAAUUUAAUACCGCCAAAGUCUGACUCUGUAACCCUACCAUCUGGGUUUUCGACCAUAAAAUCUACAACUGCUAAACCACCAACCAUUUCACCCACUACCUCCAUUCCGAAUAGAGCCUAUGAUACUGAAACGCAGAAAUCCAUACAGUCAUCUAACGUGGCUAUAGAUACAGUAUACAACAUGAAGUCUUCUAGUUUGAUCACGUCGACGACUCGUCAUUCUACUAGCCUCCAUUCAACUUGCACCAAAACUAUAGCCAAGGCCCCAACAAAGACGAUUUCUGGUUUAGAUACGGCAACCCAGGCCAUGGUAACAGCAACGGUAACCAUCGUUUCCACGAAAGCCUGCGUCUGUCGCCGUGCGUCUCUUACAGGUACACUACGUAUUGUCUCGGCCGCGAGACUUUGGGAUGUACCUCGCCCCAAAACCUCGUUUUAA